GUAGGCAAACUUACAAAAUCAGCAGGGGAUCAAAUACUUAUUUCCCUCACUGUAUAUAGCACAUUUAAAACUACAAAGGUUGACCAAAUUACUUCACAAUAUAAAAGUACAACAAUAAAACCAUAAUUAAAAUACAUAGUAUAUCAUAUGAUAUAAAAUGAUAAUAAAAGCUGGUGGGAUAAAAAUGUCCUUAACUCAAAAGAAAAGCCAAAGGAAAGAGAUGAUUUAAAGUGUUAGAGAGUGGGGGCAGUUCUAAUAUGAAUGGCAAGCUGUUCCGCAGGAUAGGGUCAGCUAUAGCAAAGGCUUGGUCGCCUCUGGUUGAGAGCCUGGUUUUAGACACAUUCAGGAGGAGCAGAUUGGCCGAUCUCAGCACGCUAGCUGGAGUGUGAACGUGAAGAAACUCAGCCAAUAGGGUUACUCAAUAAUAGGUCAUUCUCAAUAGGGUUCAGGUCUGGAGACCCACUUAGCCACUCCAUCACCUUCAGCUUCAUCAGCAAGGCAGUGUCAUCUUGGUUCCAGUAAUUCAUGCUCUUGGACAGGUUGUCUUCAGCAAAGUGUUUGCAGGUUUUUUUGUGAGCCAGCUUCAGAAGAGGCUUCCUUCUGGGACGACGGCCAUGCAAACCGACUUGUUGCAGUGUGUGGCGUACAGUCUGAGCACUGACAAGCUGACCUUUCACUUCUACAACCUCUAAAAGCAAUGCUGGCAUCACUCAUGCAUCUGUUUUUUGAAGCCAGCUUCUGCACCUGACGCACAGCACGAGGACCUAACUUCUUUGAUCGACCCUUGCGAGACCUGUUCCGAGUGAAACCCGUCUUGGAAAACCUCUGUAUGACACUGGCCACUGAAUUGUAACUCAGUUGCAGGCUGUUACAGAACUUCUUAUAUCCUCGGCCAUCUAUGUAGAGAGCAUCAAUUCUAAUUCUCAAAUCCUCAGAGAGUUCUUUGCCAUGAGGUGCCAUGUUGAACAUCCAGUGGUCAGUAUGAGAGAAUUUUACUCAAAGCACCAAAUUUUAACUGCUUGAAUACAAUAUACACAAAUUUGUAUAGUCUUGUCAAGCAGACAAAAACAUGAACAUGAUGAAUAGGACAUGUGGGUUUGCACAGUUAAACGACGUAUUGCUAUUCACUUAGGGUGUACUCAGUUUUGUUGGCAGCUUUUUUGACAACAAUGGCUGUACGUUGAGUUAUUUUCAGAGGACAGUAAAUCUUUACUGCUAAACAAGUUCCACAUUGACUACUCUAAAAUAUAUCCAAGUUUAAUUUCUAUAGUAUUGUCCCUUGAAAAGAUAUACUAAAUUGAUUGCCAAAAUGUGAGGGGUGUACUCACUUUUGUGAGAUACUGUAUAUAUAUAUAUAUAUAUAUAUAUAUAUAUGACUAACUAUUAAUAAGCAGUAAUUAGGAAUUUAUUGAGGACAAAGUCAUAGUUAUUUAGUUAACAGUGAGAACUGGACCUUACAAUGAAGUAUGACCCUUUAUUCCUUGUAAUUGUAAAUAUACUUGGUAAUAAUGCUCUUUCUGAUUCUGAAUCUCUUAAAUAUGAUCUAAAUUUAACUUAUGUGGAAAAAUGAUCUUGCACAAAUAAUGUAACAUAAUGAUAUAAAAUUGAAUGUAAAACAAUAUUAACUCAAUUAAAAACAAAUAGCUUGAAAUAAAGUGUAAAGGUCUGUUGUGAUAUUGCUGGAAGUGAAUUUAGGCCCUGCUUGCCUGUGUGUCUGUAAGGUCACAGCCAGCGCUGACGAGGAGAGGGGGGAGGGGGGGAGGGGGAGAGCGCGGGAGAGGGGGAGGGGAGGAAAAACACCCCUGUGUUAAAUUGAUAAAAAAUGACAGUAAAGACUUAUAUUGUUGAAAAAGAUUUCUACUUUCUAAUAAAUGCCGUUCAUUUUAAGUGUUUAUUCAUAAAUGAAUGCCGUAAAAAUCAUAACAGAUUACAAAAAAAUAAUAUAUAUAUAUUUUUUAAUUUGUUUGCAAGUUUGCAAGCAUGUCACCCUAAUGACCAAACACAAUGUUUAUAUUUAUGUUUGCAUAUGGUAUCUAAUAGACCCACAAUGUGGUUGUGAGUGCAGUGUAUUACAGACUGGUUGUUCACACAGGUAUCAGAGAAAGAUAGAGGAAGAAAGAGGAUGCCUGAGCGACAUAGCCCAGGCCAGGCAGAGAGAGCAGGAGGAGAUGACCAGGUAUCAGAGAAAGAUAGAGGAAGAAAGAGGAUGCCUGAGCGACAUAGCCCAGGCCAGGCAGAGAGAGCAGGAGGAGAUGACCAGGUAUCAGAGAAAGAUAGAGGAAGAAAGAGGAUGCCUGAGCGACAUAGCCCAGGCCAGGCAGAGAGAGCAGGAGGAGAUGACCAGGUAUCAGAGAAAGAUAGAGGAAGAAAGAGGAUGCAGGAGCGACAUAGCCCAGGCCAGGCAGAGAGAGCAGGAGGAGAUGACCAGAAUCUUGGUGCUACUGAUGAAUCAGAGUCAGAUUCUGAUGAUGGAAGUGAAUAUGUUCCUACACCAACCUCCUCCGACAGUGAAGACUGCAGCUUGGGUGAAGGUCCAGAUUUUCCAAAAGAUACUGAAAUACAAGUGAAAAAGAUCAACACUACCUUAACUCAGAAAGUUGAUGAGGUCGAAAGUGACUCUAGUGACCUGGAACUUCCCACAGAUGAGGUAGAUGACGUGAAUGAAGAGGGUAUGUCGAAAAUAACAGUGAAGUGGUGCCAGAAGGGAGAGAAAAGGAAAUGGGACAAAAAACAUUACUGUAUUUACUGCAAAAAGCCACAGAGUAAAAUUGCACGUCAUUUAGAAAGAAAGCACAAUCAAGAAGAAGAUGUUGCUAGGGCAAUAUGCUUUCCCAAAAAAUCAAAGAAACGACGUCUGUUGUUGGAUCAGCUUCGCUAUAAAGGUGACUAUAACCACAAUGUAACUGUCUUACAGAAAGGACAAGGGGAGUUAGUGACUUUCAGACAACCUACAGAAGAAAUAGAUCCACAUAAGUACUUGCCCUGCAAUUGUUGUUAUGGAUUUUUCCUAAAACAUGACCUCUGGAAGCAUGAGGUAUCAGAGAAAGAUAGAGGAAGAAAGAUGAUGCGAGAGCGACAUAGCCCAGGCCAGGCAGAGAGAGCAGGAGGAGAUGACCAGGUGAACAUUUCAACCGUGACUUCCAAUGGUAUCUAA